AUGCUCGUGCUCCGUCUUCCGCUCCGCUUGGCCGCCCGCCCUGCUCUCUCUCAUGCACAUGUCGCAACACCGAUAGUCGCAUCUUCUAUCUCUGCAACCAGGUCAUAUGCCGCCAAAGCUGAUGGCACCACUACCACUCCCAAGAAGAAGAAGGCCGCCCCAAUCUCUAAGCAGGCCCAAAAGGAGGCCGCUGCUAAGGCUGCCUACAAGCUCUUGAGCCCCGAAGAGAAGGCCGUAAUCGACGCAAAGAGGGGAGAAGAAAAGAAAAAGGAGGAGGUCAAGCUGCUUAAAACCAAAAUCCUUACACCUCCCAAAUACAGACAGCUAAAUCCCUGGUCCGUCUACGUCAAGGAGAACGCCAAAUCCGUCGCUGGCCCCGUGAGCGAAAUCGCAAAGGUCCUGGCUCAACAAUUCAAGACCAUUUCAUCCAUCGAGAAAGAAAGCCUCGAUCACUCUGUCAACGAACUCAAUGCAAAGUCCCUACGCGAGUUCCAGGAAUGGCUCAGCAACCACACCCCUGCUCAGAUCUACGAGGCCAAUGUUGCCCGUGCUCGCUUGCGCAAACUGCUCGCCAGCACCAGUUCAAAGUACGCACUUAUCAAGGACGAUCGUCUGGUCAAGAGGCCAAUCAGCUCAUACCUCCAAUACCACAAUGAGCGCCUCGCUUCUGGUGAUUUCCGUGGAAUCCCCGCUCCCGAUGCCUCCAAGACCGUUGCCACAGAGUUCAAGGCUAUGUCUGCCACCGAGAAACAGAAAUACGUAGACCUCGCUGCCAAGGAUGUCGAGAGAUACCACAGAGAACAUCUCGAAGUCUAUGGCUUCGAAGUGCCUGUAUCACCCAGAUCUGCCAAGGCUGCUUUGGCAGAAGCUGAGGCUGGCAUUGAACCUUCUGCAUGA